AUGGAGCGGGAUUCGGAGGAGAACGUGGGUGAAGCUGCUCUAAGUGAGCGGAGUGUUAGAAAGGCAACGUCCAUUAUUAAGGAUCUCCUGCACCCAGUCCACGUUCUUUUCUCAGUGUUACCAUCAGAUAAAUCUGUGGAGGAACCAUAUGAACAAUUCAGAUCCCAUUUACAGUUUAACGCUUCUACUGGCUGUCUGCUGGUAGACAGGAUAAAACCUGAGGAUCAAGGUGUUUAUAAUUUUGAUGUAGAUGAGAGAAGAACAACUACAGUAGAAUUGCUUCUCUUCUAUGAGCUGUCGAAAACUUUGAUAAGGAGCUAUAGUACCCCCGGUUACACCAUCCAACUCACCUGUGAGGUUGAUGGAAAUCCUCAGAAAAAUGAAUGGCUGAGAAAUGGAGGGAAAAUCUCCCAUCGUCACUGGUUAAUUAAAGGAAACACAAGCCUUGUCAUCUUGACUCACCUGACAGGUGAAUGUGGAACAUACACCUGUGUUGCCUCCAAUCCUGUCAGCUCUGACCAGGCAAAUUACACCAUAAAUCUCCCAGGUAUUUCCAGUGAAGACUCUAUAAUUAUUAUUGCAUCGAUCUCCGGGCUGGUAUUUUCUUUGGUAUGUCUUGGUGGAUCAUUGCUUCUGUGGUGUUUGGAGAAGAAAUCAAAGCGAGCGUCUUUGAGCUUGAUGAUUUGCAGAGUUCUAUUUCUUGCUGCUACCUUUGUUGCACUUGCCUCCUGGAUUGGGAUUAAAGGUGCCAACUUCAUCCCCACUAUUGCAUUAUGCAUGGUGGGUGUUCAUCUUCUGGCCAUUGUUGCAUCUGUUGCCAUUCAGAAGUCCAGCUGCUUGUUUACUGAGGAAUUCCAAGAAAAGAAAGAUUCUCAUCCUUCCACUUGCUUGAAUGAUAUGAUUGUGAUCCUCAUUUUGGUCACUAUUUUGAUGGAGGAGAUUCAGCAAAGCAAACAAAGUUGUCACACCAGCAUUUAUAAAUGGACUGUACCUACUGCGCUGAUAGUCAGCGGUGUUACAGUCAUCUCUAUGUUCCUUGCAACGUAUCGCUUGUUGAUCUUGAACGCUGUGCAGUUACACAACAGCAAUGUCCACCCUUCAAUACCGAUUGUCUAUGCAGUACACAUGAAGGAACGCUACUGGAAUUUGGAAGUCUUGCUGAAGCACAGACAGUACAGCAAUUGUAGGAUAAUGUAAUUGGUGGAAAUGUACAGGAUUCACAACCACGAACAUUGGGUUGGGAUUUACUUUCAGAGGUUUGUCUGACGUGAUGAGGUAAUUAUAUACAGGACCUUUAAUGUGCUUUGUAUUCAGAUUUUUGAUGUUGAAUAAAUGGA